AUGAUGGAUAAGGAUCCCAUAUGCGUUCUAUGUGGUAAAGCAUUUUCAGAAAAGUCUUCUUCUACUAUGUGCGCUAUUGUUUGCGGCCACACAUUUCAUCGAGAUUGUAUCGAUUCUUGGUGCAAAUUGUUGGAUUACUGCCCCGUCUGUAGAAAAUUUCUAGGUGAAGACUUUCCGUAUAAUAUCAAGUUCAUGUAUAAGGACUCUCCAGAGAAACAAUCCCAUGAAAAAACAGACCAUAUAUUGAAGAAAUUUAAGCAAUCCCACGAACAUAUUGUGGUUUCAGAAGGUCUUCUUGAAAAGGUUAAAAAACUCCAUGAAAUUUUUGAGGAACUGAAGUCUUUCUUCGACAGUGACGACAGCGAUUAAACGGUAUUAAUAUGACUAUAUGCAAAUAUUUCUCUCUCGUAUAUCACAUAAAUAAACUAUUGACCCGCC